AUGGCAGCCACAGUAAUGGUUGUCCUGCAGAAACAACAAAAAGGUUGCCUAUCACCUGCAGGCCUUUGUAAUGCAGAUUUUUCAUUCAAUGUUGUUGGGGAUGAACGCAUGCUCAACCUUCCCAUGCAGAACAGGAUUUCGUAUUCCAGCGCCGACCAUGUUUUGGGGGCAGCUGGAUACUUAAUACAUUGCUUUGAUGGUGUCUUAAGGAGAGGUGGUUUGAAGCCUCUUCAGCAGUUUCUCGGUAGUUGCUGCCUUGUGGAAAUCAAUUUUGCUUCUCAUCAUGAGGAUUCAUCUUCUAUUAACAAGUGAUGAAGGAACUUUGCAAGAGGUGGGUCUUCCUUUUUAUGAUGAGUUUGAUUCGAUGGUCCUUUCAGAAAGGGGUAACAUGGAAAUUAUAACACUUACAUGAACAUUUUCAUCAAAUACCAUCCUAGGUAAUGAGAUAGAAUUAGCAAAUUUCUGAAGUUUCUGAACCUGAUUUAAGAUUGGUUUUCCAUAAUCUCUUAGCAUUUUUUUUUUUCGAAUAUUGAUCAUAUAGCUUGUCAGAGAGAGAGAGAGUUUGGAAUGUUGUUGACAUAUGUAAUCAUCAUCAAUCUACUUACAUACUUUUUCAUUUGCAGCGGAAACUUCUUCAUCUAAAGCAUCGGGAACAUUAGGAACAAUAGAAUGGUCCUCAAUGAGAAUAUAAACAAUUUUGAGUUAUUUGAGCAAAAACUAUCUUUUGUUCUCACCAGUGUGAGUUUUUCUGCCAAAACUGUUCUUUUUAGUUUUAACCAAGUCAAUAUUGGUAAAUUGGAGCAA